AUGGGGAACUGUCAGGCUGUAGAUGCAGCAGCACUCGUAAUACAACAUCCAAGUGGGAGGAUAGAUAGGAUGUAUUGGCCGGUGACAGUAAGUGAGGUAAUGAAAAUGAAUCCGGGACAUUAUGUUUCUCUUAUAAUUCCGUUGCCCAUUGCCGGAGAAGAUAAUUCCGAUGACAAGACUGUCCGGUUCACUCGUGUUAAGCUUCUCCGGCCUGGUGAUACUCUUGUUCUUGGCCGAGCUUAUCGCCUUGUCACCUCUCAAGAGGUUAUGAAGGUGUUGAGAGCGAAGAAAAAUGCAAAGAUGAAGAAUAACCAGCCAGAACCGACAGAGAAGUUGCAGACAGCUCCGGUCAACCAGGUUUCAAGUUGUGAGGCAGAAGCAGAAAGGCUUGAAUUGAAAAAAACCAGUCUGGCUUUGAGAAACGAAAGACAACGGGAGAGGACAGGACCAACAAACUUAAGAGCAGCGAGGUCAAAAUCAUGGCGUCCUUCCUUGCAGAGCAUCUCUGAGGCUGGGAGCUAA